AUGAGUGAGAUUUUGCAUAGCUGUUCUGUGAUUGAUAAUAAUAAUAAUAAUAAUAAUAAUAAUAACAAUAAUAAUGCAGAAUUAAUUAAAGUGAGUGCUCUGGAGUAG